AGAAUAGUAUGUGAUCUGAUAAGGGCAGCACACGACGGUGGCAGAAUCCCUCAGUGUGGACUGUUCCAACUACAGGUGGUUUGGGCAGAGGUACGAAUACAUCACAGCAGCGCCCCACCUCUUAAUCAGCAUUUUAACCGCUGUUACCACUGAACGAAAUCAUGCGACAUGAAUUCAAGAUGUGUCAAAGUGAAUCAGCGUCUCCCUCGUGUAUCGGGUAAGCGGCUUCACCCCGCGUCCCCGCCAAACAUGAAACCACCUUGUUGAAGUAGCUCCGACUCCCGCUGCACAGCGACGCCAAUGGCACUUGUACAAAGUCUGCAGGUCUUGGCAAUUGUUAAGGAAACCACUAUCCCAAACCCGAUCUUCUAUAAAUUGCUGGAAUAAUAGUCGAUUAUUUCAAUUACGACCGAUCUUUCGAUCAACAAGUGGUUUUCACUGCACAGAAACGUGCCAUAGAAUAGGACAAGUCCUUCUAUCAACAAAACGCGGAACUGAUUAAAAUUAUGGGACACCUCAAGGAUUUGAUGGUAAGAAGAUAAACCUGAUGGUGACUUUUUAUCAAAGAUAGUAUAUAAAAGUAAGAAGCGUACCUGACAGAGAUAGCCGUUGGGCAUAAAAUCCCUCAAGUAUUUCAGCCAAGACAAGAUUGCUUUUAAUGAACUGAAUAUAAGUCUGCUGGCUAAUAGUCAAACAAUUCAUCCAAUCCGGGUUUUAAAAGUGCCAGCCAGCAACUCUCACUGACAAUGAAGGCAGAGCGUGAUCACAACGGUAACUUCAAAACCACCGGCUUUAUUUCCACGGAAAAUGUUCCUACCAGACGCCGCAGAGGCAGACCUUGCGGAGCCAACGCUGCAAGAGAGCGUUCCCGGGUGCAGACGUUACGUGGAGCGUUCCUGGACCUCCAGAAGACGUUACCGUCGGUGCCGCCAGAUACCAAGUUGUCCAAAUUAGAUAUCUUAGUAUUGGCCACAACGUAUAUAGCUCAUCUAAUGAAGACUUUAGACACCGACAAUCCUGGUAUGGAUUCAACCAAUAAAACAUGCGCUGAGACUCAGAUACCGCUAAUGAAAACGUAUCUACACCCAGUCAAGAAAUGGCCAAUGCGUUCACGGCUUUACCAAGGCAUCACAACAAGCACCAGCGAUCUUGCGAAUGGCAAUUCAGACAGUUCUCAGAAAUACUGCUACACAAGCAAUAGCAGCAGUGACGAAGACGCUUCUUUCUCGCCACUGGGCCAACAACUGUGAAUAUCUGGACA